AUGACAACAAAAAUGAUUCUCACUGACGCAGAAUCCACAUUGAGUAGCUCAACAGAACAAAUGGAAGAGACUACAAAAACAUUAUCAACUUCCGAAUCAACAACAACAUCAAUAAUAAGUACUGACGGCAAAACAACUGCGAAAGAAGAUACAUCUCCAGCUACAACAACAAGUAAACCUAAACCAACCCUUAGUACAUCAACUUCGAAAUCAACAGAAACAUCCAAUAAACCUGUGGGCACUACUACAUCAUCUAACGCAAAAGAUACCAUAGAAGAAUCGACUACGUCAAAAAUUGAAAACACCCAGUUGAUCGUUGGAGCCUCCACUUCCGUUGUUGGAAUAGUUUUAUUAAUGAUAAUCAUAGGACUGGUAGCCAGAAAAUGUAGUAAAUCGAAUAAACAAAACAAGAAACAACAGGAAGACAAUGAACCAAUUAGAAACUAGAGAGACCUUGCCUUGGCGGGAAAACAAGACACAGAUUCUCAGAGCAAGGUCAAAUCGUCCUCAUCCUACAACAGAAAUUACUACGUUGCGCACGCACCUCUGCAUCACUUCAAAUCUAGCGGAGGAUCUCGUCAUGAGGACGCCAAUAAAUAUCACAGAUAUUGACAACAUUUAACUUCAUCCUCUCUUGCACAUAAAUACAAUUAACCUGUUCUA